AUGCUGAGCAGGUUGAUGAGCGGCAGCAGCAGGAGCCUGGAGCGCGAGUACAGCUGCACCGUGCGGCUGCUGGACGACAGCGAGUACACCUGCACCAUCCAGAGAGAUGCCAAAGGCCAGUACCUGUUUGACCUUCUUUGCCACCACCUGAACCUACUUGAAAAGGACUAUUUUGGGAUCCGCUUUGUGGACCCCGAUAAGCAGCGGCAUUGGUUGGAGUUUACGAAAUCUGUGGUGAAGCAGUUGAGAUCCCAGCCUCCGUUCACCAUGUGUUUCCGGGUGAAGUUCUACCCUACGGACCCUGCUGCCCUGAAGGAGGAAAUAACCAGGUAUUUGGUCUUCCUGCAGAUCAAAAGGGAUCUCUACCACGGCCGCCUCCUCUGCAAAACAUCCGAUGCCGCCUUGUUAGCGGCUUAUAUCCUUCAAGCGGAGAUUGGAGAUUAUGACCCAGGAAAACACCCUGAAGGCUACAGCUCCAAGUUCCAGUUUUUUCCUAAACAUUCAGAGAAGCUGGAAAGGAGGAUUGCUGAGAUUCACAGGACAGAACUCAGUGGCCAAACACCAGCAACGUCAGAGCUGAACUUCUUAAGAAAAGCGCAGACACUGGAGACCUACGGCGUGGACCCUCACCCGUGUAAGGAUGUGUCCGGAAAUGCCGCGUUUCUGGCCUUCACUCCUUUUGGAUUUGUGGUUCUUCAAGGAAACAAGAGGGUCCACUUCAUUAAAUGGAACGAGGUGACCAAGCUGAAAUUUGAAGGGAAGACUUUCUACUUGUAUGUAAGUCAGAAAGAGGAAAAGAAAAUUAUUCUCACAUAUUUUGCUCCAACUCCAGAAGCCUGCAAGCACCUCUGGAAAUGCGGGAUUGAGAACCAAGCCUUCUACAAGCUGGAGAAGUCGAGCCAAGUCCGCACCGUGUCCAGCAGCAACUUAUUCUUCAAAGGGAGCCGGUUCCGAUACAGUGGCCGAGUCGCAAAGGAAGUCAUGGAGUCGAGUGCCCAGAUCAAACGGGAGCCGCCCGAGAUCCACAGAGCUGGGAUGGUUCCCAGCCGCAGCUGCCCCUCCAUAACCCACGGCCCCCGGCUGAGCAGCGUCCCCAGGACCCGGAGAAGGGCUGUUCACAUCUCCAUUAUGGAAGGCCUCGAGUCCCUCCGGGACAGCGCCCAUUCCACCCCCGUGCGUUCCUCCUCCCACGGGGACGCCUUCCUGCCUCACGUGAGAAGCAGCCGGGCAGACAGCAACGAGCGAGUCGCCGUGAUCGCAGACGAGGCCUACAGCCCCGCAGACAGCAUGCUGCCCACCCCCGUGGCCGAGCACAGCCUGGAGCUGAUGCUGCUGUCCCGGCAGAUCAACGGGGCCACCUGCAGCAUCGAGGAGGAGAAGGAGUCCGAGGCCGGCACCCCCACGGCUGCCGAGGUGGAGGCCCUCGGGGGAGAGCUGAGGGCCCUGUGUCAGGGGCACGGCAGGCCGGAGGAGGAACAGAGUGGGCAUCUGAAGGGACCACCGCUACAGCAGCAGCGGCAGCAGGGGUGGGGUAAGUCUGUCCCCUUAGACUAG